GAAUGGCACGUGUAGUGUGACCUCCUGUCUGUACAAACGAUAAACGAUCUUUGGUCAAUGUGAGCCAUCGUGUACGUGGUGAAGCGGAGAACCUCGGCUCUAAGGAUGGGGAAGAAACAGAAGAAAUUCGGGGAGGACAGCACUAAAGAAGAUGACAUCGAUGCUCUGGCAGCAGAGAUAGAAGGAGCUGGCUCCUCAAAAGAGUCAAAAGGGAAGAAAAAGAAGAAGGGAGGCAAGAAGGAUGACUAUGAUGAGGAUGACAUCCUCAAGGAGCUGGAAGAGUUAUCCCUGGAGACGCAUGGGGGACAGGGGAAGAAAGACGAUGUUGCAGUGGACGCUGAUGUGGACCCUCCUAAAGCGGAGAAGAAGAAAACCAGGAAGGGAAAGGUGCAGAGAGACAGCCCUGAGGAAUUGGAGAACAAUAAAGCUGAAGGUACAGAAGAUGAGCUGAGGAACGGACAGCAGAAGGAGGUGGCACCUGCUGCUCCGUCCGGGUCAGAUGAGGAUAGUGUCUCAUAUUCUCUCUUGAAGACCAAAGGAGGUAAGAAAGGUGCCAAGAGACAUCCCGGCUCUGACGAAGAUGAAGGCACAAUUAGGAUCGAGAAAGAGGGUGAGUCAGAGGAUGAGGAAGAUUUCAGAUCUCGAAAAGACAAAAAGGUUAAGAACAAAGGUAAAACUGCAAAGAGUGAAGAUGAGGACGAACAUGAAGAAGACGGUGGCUUCAAGAUAAAAACAGCGGCACAAAAGAAGGCAGAGAAAAAAGAGCGGGAGAAAAAGAAGAAAGAGGAGGAGAGGCUCAAACAGAGGAAGAUGAAGGAGAUCGGUGCAGAUGUAAAAAAAGAACCAGAGAAUAAGACUGCAGCGGCCACACCUCCACAGUUGAUCCCAGUACCAGACGGAGACAGAGAUGAGGAGGAAGGUGGAGAACCAGCAGGCGAGGAGGCAGAUGAGGGUGACAAGAAGAAGAAGGACAAGAAGAAGAAGAAAGGAGAAAAGGAGGAGAAGGAGAAAAAAAAGGGCCCAAGCAAGGCCACGGUGAAGGCCAUGCAGGAAGCUCUGGCCAAGAUGAAGGAGGAGGAGGAGCGUGCCAAGAAAGAAGAGGAGGAGCGUCUCAGGCGGCUGGAAGAGCUGGAGCGACAGAGGCUGGAGCAGGAGCGGCUUGAGCAGGAGCGCAAAGAGAAGAAGAAGCAGAAGGAGAAGGAACGCAAGGAGCGUCUGAAGAAGGAGGGGAAGUUGAUGACAAAAUCCCAGAGGGAGGCACGGGCUCGUGCUGAAGCCACGCUGAAAUUGCUCCAGGCUCAAGGGGUGGAGGUGCCAUCCAAAGACUCUGUGCCAAAGAAGAAACCAGUUUAUAUGGACAGGAAGAAGAAGAAACAAAUCCCUCAAAAUCCAGAAGAAACGUCCGAGGUGAUCUCUCCAACAUCAGAAAAGGCAGAACAUGUCGCUCUGGAGACAGAGGCAGUGACACAGAAAGCAGAGACAGAGGUGAAGGCAGAAUUUGCUGUGGAUGACUGGGAGGCGAUCGCGAGUGAUGAGGAGAAAGAGUUAAAGAAAGUCCACAUUGUGGUAAAAGAGGAUCCUGUUGGCCCACAUCAGCCCACUGCCAGUGAAGAAGAGGAUGAAGAUGACGAGGACGAGGAGGAGGAGGAUGAGGAUGAGGAUGAAAGCGAGGAAGCACCAGAGGAAGAGAUAGUGAAGGCGGUGGCGGUAGGUCAGGGGAAGAAGCAGCAGGGGAAGGAGAGUGAAGACGAGAGCACUGAGAGUGACGAUGAUGAUGAUGACAGGACCAAAGACGAGCGUCUGUACGAUCGAGCUAAGAGGCGGAUCGAGAAACGGAGAGCAGAAAACCUCAAGAACGUCGACAUAAACAGGCUGAGAGCGCCGGUCGUUUGUGUGCUCGGACACGUCGAUACUGGCAAGACCAAAAUCCUUGAUAAGCUGCGACACACCCACGUUCAGGACGGUGAGGCAGGAGGAAUCACACAGCAGAUCGGCGCCACCAACGUCCCAAAAGAGACAAUUGAAGAGCAGACGAAGAUGGUGAAAAAUUUUGACAAAGACGGGAUGAAGAUUCCUGGCAUGUUGAUCAUUGACACACCAGGACACGAGUCGUUCAGUAACUUGAGGAACCGAGGCAGCUCCCUAUGUGACAUUGCCAUCCUGGUGGUGGACAUCAUGCACGGUUUGGAGCCUCAGACUAUCGAGUCCAUCAACUUGCUGAAGGAAAAAAAGUGUCCCUUCAUCGUGGCGCUCAACAAGAUUGACCGUUUGUACGACUGGAAGAGGAGUCCUGAGACGGAUGUGUUGACGACAUUGAAGAAGCAGAAGAAAAACACCAAGGACGAGUUUGAUGAGAGGGCGAAGGCCAUCAUCGUGGAGUUUGCUCAGCAGAGUCUCAACGCCGCUCUGUUCUACGAAAACAAGGACCCCAGGACAUUUGUGUCGCUGGUUCCCACAUCGGCUCACAGCGGUGACGGGAUUGGAAAUCUCAUUGCCCUUCUUGUCGAGCUCACUCAGACCAUGUUGGCGCGCCGCGUCGCGCAUUGUGAUGAGCUCCGGGCUCAGGUCAUGGAGGUCAAAGCUUUGCCCGGCAUGGGCACCACCAUAGACGUCAUCCUGAUCAACGGACGGCUACGCGAAGGCGAGACCAUCAUUGUUCCCGGAGUGGACGGACCAAUCAUCACGCAGAUUAGAGGGCUGCUCCUGCCACCUCCUCUAAAGGAGCUCCGGGUCAAGAACCAGUAUGAGAAGCACAAAGAAGUCUGCACAUCUCAGGGUGUGAAGAUUCUGGGUAAAGACUUGGAAAAGACGUUGGCAGGGCUCCCCCUGCUAGUGGCUCACAAAGAUGAUGAAAUACCUGUUCUAAGGGAUGAACUUAUCCAUGAACUCAAACAAACUUUGAGCGCCAUCAAGUUGGAGGAGAAAGGCGUUUACGUGCAGGCGUCUACCCUCGGAUCACUUGAGGCUCUGCUCGAGUUUCUGCGCACAUCUAAAGUACCCUACGCCGGGAUUAACAUCGGUCCUGUCCACAAGAGGGAUGUGAUGAAGGCCUCAACCAUGCUGGAGCACGACCCACAGUACGCUGUGAUCCUGGCAUUCGAUGUGAAAGUGGAGCGGGAAGGACAGGAAAUGGCUGACAGCUUCGGCGUCCGCAUCUUCUCCGCUGAAAUCAUCUACCAUCUUUUUGACGCUUUCACCAAGUACCGGGAAGACUACAAGAAAUCCAAACAAGAAGAGUUCAAACACGUGGCGGUGUUUCCGGUGAAGCUUCGUGUCCUUCCUCAGUUCAUCUUCAACUCCAGAGAUCCUAUUGUAAUGGGCGUGUCAGUGGAAGCUGGUGUCCUACGGCAAGGGACGCCAAUCUGCGUUCCCAGUAAGGCGUUUGUGGACAUCGGUGUGGUCACCAGCAUCGAGAUCAACCACAAGACAGUGGACAGCGCCAAGAAAGGUCAGGAGAUCUGUAUCAAGAUUGAACCCAUUCCAGGCGAGUCGCCCAAGAUGUAUGGCCGCCACUUUGAGGCUACCGACAUUCUUGUCAGCAAGAUCACUCGGGCAUCCAUCGACGCCCUGAAGAACUGGUUCCGGGAUGACAUGCAGAAGUCGGACUGGCAGCUGAUCAUGGAGCUGAAGAAGACCUUUGAGAUCAUCUGAGCGGCUCGCACAUCGGAGGAGGCCCCUCUCCUUGUCAUGACACGGAGGAAUGACAAGUUUUUACCCGUGAGAAUGCACUCAUCCGGCGUUCCCCGGCUGAAACAUUUCACUCUCAGUAUUCCAACGUGCCUGUUGUCUUUCUUGUUCUCUGCUCUGAUUCGUGACCGCUGUCGAUUCUCUGCCUCCAAACGGACGGACACUGACGGUCUUAACUAGCCCCUGCUUUUUUGGGGGCUGCCAAAGUGCGUUAUGGGACUGUACAGUCCGCAAGGAAACAGCAGUGGCGACAGUCGCCGGUAACAAAGACAACUAAAUCUGUGGAUACCUUUUGCUGUGCGCUUUCUUGGCCAUGUUGGCGGUUGGGGGCAGGUGGACAGAGGACAACCCUCAGAAAUGUUUUGCUGAAGUGCUGAUGUAAUAAAUUCCCAUAAAACUUGA